AUGGCAUCGGCAAACUCAGCCCCCAAAGUCCUGUCGGACACCCCGAGCCAUGACUCUACCCCGAGAUCUGCCAGAAAGUCCGCAAGAGCCAAAGGUAUCCCUGCUGAUGUUUGUCGUGCACCAAGCGAUGCCCCCUCCAUCACCGACCUCAGCCUCAUCCCCUUCGAGAACGCGCGGAAUGCAUUCAGAAAUAAUCUUCAAAAUUCGCAGAUCGAUCCGUUCUGGAUCCUCCCCGGAGACCUAUCGAACCUUGGUCUCAGCCUUCUGCCAUCCAACACACUCAACCUAGGAACUGGCACGGUGAGCAUCCCCGGACAUCCCGAACAUGAUCAGCCCGGUGUUGCCGCGAAGGAAAAGCCGGACAAUUGCGACGAGCGUCCUUUCAAACUGAAUCGACGUACAAAAAUACGAUUAGCACCGAUGCACGUGGUAAGUGUCCCGACGAGAGAUACAAAUUCCUGCAACUAUACCAUAGCUAACAUCGUCCUAAAGAGAAGAGCACUUGGCGAGAUUCAACAAGAAGAUCAAUCUAACGUAAAGAUUGAAGAUCAAGACUUGGAGAAGGAAAUCUUUCAUGAUUCCAAGACUACGCUUGAUUCAACCGACACGGCCAUUCCGGUCCAGCCUCUUCAUCCGCGCGCUGUCAAAUUUGAUUUAGAUCAAUCGACCCUCUCAACCAGUCCUCCCAGCAUUCUCGGCGCGAAUAUUCAAGCCAAGUCAAGCUUUGCGGAUCUCGUGAAUAAUCCAUUUGCCAAAGCCACCUUCACGGAUGGCUUAGCCAAAUCCCUCCCUGCAGAAAAUCCAUCCUCAACUCUAUCAUGGGCAGAACUCGCCGCAAAAUCUCUGUUUGGCAAACCCACCACGACAACUGAUUCAGCCGGAACAAACCCCCAAAUAAACCCCUCAAACGAGCCAGUUGUUACAUCCCUCGAUGACGAGACUGCGCCAAAUACCAAGGAAAUGGUGACCAGCAAAGACAGCGAAUACCGCAGAACUCCCCUCCAGAGCCCUUCGAUCGGCACCCCCAUUGAAACCCCAUUGAGUGCACAAGCCCCAGACAGCCUGGCCGUGAAUCUGCCAAGAAGCAGUGCGCAGACUACUCCGGACGAGCAUCCUCUGGCCUUGACUGAGGAGAAAAUCGAGACGAGCCUCCGGAACAUGGAACUCAUAGAAGAACUCAUUGGCAAGAUAUCGGAUCUCCGAACAGCAUCUCUCCUGAGACCGAAGAUGCUCGAAGCAGGGCAGCAAGUCAAGAUCGACGCGCUACAACGGGAAAACUCCAACCUUCUCGAAGAGAAAAAUCAAGCUCGCCGAGAGAUCCACCGACUGAAAGCGAGAGUGGUUGAAAUUGAGCAAGAGACACAGGCCGAUAAACAGAAGACCAAGCAGUUCGAGAAACUCCUACGGGAGAUUUCCAUUCAUGUCAGCCAAGUCAAAAGCCUUUUCCCCAACAUGCCUUUCGCCAGCGACCAGGAAAUGGCCCUCGGCGGGAGGCUGGGUGCUAGGCUGGAUGCUAUCGACAGUGCCUUCCAGGCACGAAUUGAUCUUCGGCGACGGGCCCGUUUGGCAAAGGACGCGGAAGGAGUUUUGGGGUAG